AUUCCCUUCCACAAUACAGAGUAUACAUGACACAUAUUCGUAUGUUCGCGGACACCGGGCCAGGAAUCAGGAUACAUAUGCCGAUAGCCUCCGACCGUGCCUGCACGCGUGCGUGCUUCCAAGCCACCGAACGGGCUAUCAAGCUAUCGACGUCUUGUCAUGUUGUUGCACAGCCGCUGCGAUGGGCGUCGGUUUACGAGUAGGAGCAUCUCAGUCACCUCGAGAGCUCUCCGUGUGUGCAUGAGCUCACGACGUCCACCCCAGUCUCCCAAUGUAUCGUCUCCACAGACCGCUCUCUCUCGUCUCACCGUGCGGAGCGGACUAAGGCACAUUUGCAGUCAUACCGAGGUCAUCCCAAGGCUGAGUGAGAGAAAAGAAGCCUUCAAGCGUCUAAAUCGUGGGCGCAAGGGACUAAACACGGCCCACGGUUCCUGAUGAUACUCUUAUGUGAUCGAUUGUGCUCAAAAUUCGCCUUCGCGAAAUAAACGGCCUGCACGAAACCCGCUCAUGCAGAGUAUCUUCCUCUGCUUCGCAAGCCAAAGGUCGUCAGAGUGUACUGAACG